CUGUCAUGAGUGUCAUGUCAUUCAUUCAGUCAGUUGCUUGUUUCGUUUGUCUUGUGUUGGUCUUGCGAUCUCGGUUUUCGUUUUGUUUGUACUAGUAUAUAUUCCGAAUGAUAUCAAUAAAAACAAUGUUAUCUAAUAAAUAAUCAGAUAGGUAAUCUAAACACGAUAACAAUAAUGUGACAUGUUUUUAAGUUUUGCUUUCGAACAUUUAUAGUAUCGUUUACGGAGACAAUCUGAGCAGUGGAUUUUUUAGCUGAAGAUAUUUUUGUAAAAAUGAGACAUGCAUUCGACCGAAAUGCAAAAAAGUGUAUCAGUGCAAGUAGAUAGUGAUUUCGCUUUGUUGCUGCCUAGCGGUGCCUAUGAAAUAAAAAAAAUGGAGCCAAGAUCGAAGCUCCGGCGAGUGAUACUGUUCUGUUUACUGCUUUCACUCUUUGGGAUGGUGGCAUUUGGAUAUUUUUGUCCUGACCAGGUGUGCGCGCUAUCUGCAAGGGAGCGAGUAUCAGAAUCCUUAGCGCUGACAUAUGCAGAGGCGCCGGGUCGGCCGCUGCCGGACGUGAUCGCGCAGCCCGGCCUCUCGUACGACGAGGUCCUGCACGACGACUUCAGGUUCGACCUGAACGCACACGACGUCAUGGUCUUCUUGCACAUACAGAAAACCGGCGGCACUUCGUUUGGGAAACACUUGGUCAUGGAUUUGGACUUGAAGAGGCCGUGCAACUGUCAGCGGGCGCGAAAGCGUUGCCAUUGUUUUCGGCCACAUAGCAACGAAAUAUGGCUCUUUUCGAGAUACUCCACCGGCUGGAAAUGUGGCCUCCACGCUGAUUUCACAGAGCUGACAGCGUGCGUGGGCGGCGAGCUUGACCGGAAUGAAGGCUCGGCCGUCCACAGGAGAUACUUCUACAUCACUCUCCUCAGGGAGCCGGUGGCAAGGUACUUGUCGGAGUACCGGCACGUGAAACGCGGCGCUACGUGGAAAGGCUCCCGGCACUGGUGUCAGGGACGCACCGCCACAGGAGCUGAAGUUCCACCGUGCUACACUGGGGAAUCCUGGCACGGGGUCACACUUGAAGAGUUCACGUCGUGUCCUUGGAACCUGGCGAAUAACAGGCAGACUCGGAUGCUGGCUGAUCUAGCACUAGUGGGUUGCUACAAUGGUACCCUCAGGCAUCGGACGCCAGACAUCGACAGAGUAUUGCUAGCUUCCGCCAAGAGGAACCUGGCUGCGAUGGCUUAUUUUGGACUUACGGAGUAUCAGAAGAUAUCCCAGUACGUGUUCGAGGAGACAUUCAACCUGCGUUUCGCGGUGCCGUUCACGCAGCACAACGCGACUGUGUCGGGCGCGACCCUCGCCUCGCUGUCGCCCGCGCAGGUCGCGCACAUCAAGAAACUCAACUCGCUCGACCUCGAGUUGUACGAGUUCGCCAAGAAUCUUAUGUUCAAAAGAUUCGAAGCAUUGAAGAAACGCGAUACAGAUUUCGAUUUCCGAUGGCGACAUUUAGGCGAAGUGACACGGACCGGUGUCACAGAAUUCGACUGGGACAGCAACCUGGAAGACGCGACCACCGAGAGGUAUAGAGGCAAAUAAAUUACUUGCCCCCUACUUCACUAGAAAACCAUAAUUAUCAAUCUAAAGAUAAUAGACUAGUCAUAAAUUCAUAAUGUACGCAUGAUCACAAACCGCGGACGCCUAUUUUGGGUGUAGCUUACGGGUAAGCCACGUUGGUUUGCUCGGAGUUAAUGGUUGUAUAUAGAUUAUACCGGUGGUAUAGUAAAUAUAAGGUUAAAUUGACGACAUUAGCGGCGUAGAAAAUAUUACGUAGCACCUGCUACUACUGCCGCCAGUCUUCUUUUGGCCAAUUAACUUAGCGACUUUGAUAUUGUUGAUCUGCUUUUUGGAUUUUAAACUAUUGAUGAUUUAAAUAUUUGCACAGUAAAUUAAAAAUGUGUUAUUAACUGAGAAUUUAAAAUAUGUUUACAUAAUUUUAAUUCUAAUAUAUUCUACAGCACGGCUACAUUAUUAGUUGCAAACGCCGCUAAUGGCUUCAAUUUCCCCUUGUAUAGAAUUGCAAUGUUCGUUAUCCGGUUGACUAGAACAUAGGACUGUACAAAUAGCUUUUAGUAUUAAUUCACAACUACAAAAGCGUGUUCUAUUUUUUCAUUUUCCCAGAAAAUGAUUAAUAUUCGAUCACUAAUUACUGUGUUCGCCACUUCGAUAGUUAUAAUAAACAAGGUGUAGAUAUGUUAUCUACAAUUUGUGCUAUAAAUCCAUCCCUUGUAAAUUAUACAUAUAUAGUUACAUAUAUUUUUAAUUAUAAACAAUUGUUGAGAGAAUGUUGACGUUUGAUAGAAACAGGGUAGGUAACACUGUUAGGAAUGGCCCAACGAAGCGUAAGCCUCUAGUAAUACUUAAUUAUAAUACUAGCCCAGUGGAUCGCGCUACAUAAAAUUUUAGAACAAUAAUAAUAGAGACACUUGCUCAAACAUGUUUUUGAAUUGAUAAAGUAAGCACAGUUGCUUUAUGUAAGUAUUGUUAAUGUAAACAGCAGCUUGGUUCACUGGUCGAACAAUACUCUAAACUUAAUAACAAUGUUAUUACCGUGUAUAUAGUUGUAUUAUAAUUGCGUAGGCUUAUGUAAGUUUGUAAAAACUCGUGGUAUAUAGACACCGAACAUGGCAAUCUUUAAUGGCAAAAAUUGAAAUGUGUUAUUACUUUAAUUUUAGAUUAUUUUCUGUAGUGGCGCGACUACACCGUGAAAAGUAACCAAAGAACAAAAUUAGAGUAUGUACAUACUCUCGUGAAAUUGUAUCCGAUAGAGUCUUAGAGCAAUUACAAUAAGAAACGCUAUUGGUAAUAUUUUAUAAUUAAAUAUUGCCAUUUUUCAUUACAUUAAAAUAAUGCACUUAUGAACUAACAAGAAAAUUAAUACAUUUGUUAGUCUCUAGACCAACAAAUUUACACACUAAUGAAUAUAACUGCAAGCUAUAUCUAAUAACAGACUACCCGCUCCAGCUUCGCAGUGUACUAAUGAAGAAAAUGAGACGGAAUUUUACUAUUGAAACUACUGUCUUCUGUCCUACUCGCCCACUUUUUAUGUGGAGAUUUAUAACACAAAUUUUUUUCAAACAUUUACUUUCACACAAACUUUGUCCUAAACAAAAAAAUAAAUUAAUCAAAUAGGUGCAACCAUUCUGAAGUGAUAGGUUCACAUAUAAUCUUUUUUUUUAAUAUUAAAUACUUGAAAAUAAGAAUUAAUUUCUAAUGAAAUAUAAGAUAUUCUUGUGUCAUGAUAUAUAGUACGUAACAAAUCCAGAACUGAACUGCUACUGAGUAGCAUAUUUGCUUGUGAUACUAUACAAAUUAUGGAUAUAUGUAGUUAACUGUAAUAAGUAUCAUCAAGUUCUCAGUGCUUUCUCUAAGAAGCAGUGGCUUUGGCUAAGCGUCUCUUAUUGUAAAUACUCUAAGAAUUAAGCAAAUUAUGUUUAAUGUAUAUAUAUAGUUCUAAGCAGUCGAAAUGGUAUUUAAUCUUUACAUUUAGCAAAGUACCUUGCUAGGUAUAGUUUUAAUUUUAUUGAUUCGUUGCGAUUUGUUAAGUUUAAACAUUUGAUCCAGUUUCGGGACUAGUGUAUGCGAAUGUGUAUUUUUUUUAUUUAUCGUCAGAAUUUUUCUUAAUAAUCUAUUCAUAGAUAUUUUCAAUAGGAAAGUUAUUUCAAUGGCAAUAUCUUGUCUAAAGUCUUACUCCCUUAUUCAUAAAAAUAUCAAACCCCUCAUAAAUCUACUUUAGCUAUGGAACAGUUUUGUCUCUUUCUUUUGUGUUAAAUUCCCAAUUUCAAAGAAAGUGACAAAACAGUAUAAUAGUUAAAAUAGGUAUGUGGAAUGUUUUAGUUUUUAUAAAUAAAAGGAUUAUACUAUUCGUUACAUUAUUUUUAUAAUGUGAAAUGUAAUAAAUACUUUUUAAUUGUGAAAUUUCAUAAAGAUAAUUUAAUAUUUCCAUUAUUUGUUUACACACUUAAAUACAUUUAUACCGAUAAUUUACAACGUUUGCAUUAUCUGUGAUAUAAAAAAGUAUUGGGAGUUUAAAAAGAUUAAUAUGAAUUUUUUGAGGUAAAUUUAUGUGCCAGUUCGCAUUUUGAUUUUUUUUUUAUAUUGACAGAUAGUGUAAAAGUUAUACGAACCUACCAUAUAAGAUACAACUUGCUCUAGUAAUGUGUUUCCGUGGAUAAAAUUACAAAGUCCAUGCAUACACUUUGAGCAUUCGCUACUAGAUAAUAAUCAAACCUGACCUUAUUUCGUUGAGUGAGUCAUAAAAGAGUUUAACUUUUACGGCUACUAGUACAAAGGUAACAACAAACAUUACGACCUGCCUGGCGCCUAUAUACAACAACGCCUACAAUAGGAUUAUCGCGUGCUAGUGCUUAGUUCUCUGACUUAUCAAAUAUACAAAAUUUGAUUCCAAAAACAACAGUCGAAUUUUCUGCCUUUUUCAGCUGAAACUGGACGGUACGGCGAAAAAUGGCGUAAGUGAAAAAAAAAUUGUCUAUAUUAAUAAAUUAUUUUAUAACUUUCAUAUUUACAGUAGUAGUCAGAAGCAAAGUCUAAGAAACGGAUAAUUUCGACGGCUUAGCUGUAAUUACAAAAUUUUCAAUAUUAAUUCUUCUACAUUCUACUUAUGUUACAAUUAUUUAUUUAUUACACCUGAAAACUUUAUUCUGUCCAUUUUUUAUGUAAUUAAUACAUAAAUGUACCGCCAUUUCAAAAAACAUUUUUUUUACUAUAGUAGAGUACCACGAUUGAUCACGAUCUCACCUAAUGAAAAGUGGUGAUGUGAUCUGAGAUGAAAGAAUUUUAAGAAAUCAUUUAUAAAUAUAUCAAUAUUCAAAUUUGUUAAUUCAGCGAAACUAUUAUAUAUAAUGAACUUAAAAUAGCUCAGACUCAAUCCUAUUAUAAAUUUAAUUUAUUCUUAGAACAACAUCAAAAAGAAAAUUUCGAGAUAGAGAUGAUAUUUCAAAACGUAGUCUAUUGUGGAUCUCGGAUUGAAUAUUUACCACUGAAAAUAUAUACAUAACUAGUGUUCACUCCCAACUUUGUUUGUCUGAGUUAUAUUGAUUCAGCGCGAUAAAAAAUAAUGCAUCCUAAAUCCUUCAUUGCAUAUACUACAAUAUAUAAAAUUUCAUGACUAUUGUUUGAUCUGUAACAAACAAACGAACUUACUUUUAUAAUAUAAAUAAGGAUAUAGUUAGUAAUGUAAACACGAUCAUUAAUUUAUAUCCAGUUAGUUAAUAUAAAGGCAAACUGUCAGAGAAAUGUGUCCAAGGAAUAGCUCAAGGCUAUUUACAGUUUACACAACGUCGGACGCGCCACCAUUGUGCUAACGAGCCUGGUAGUGGCAGUGAAUAUAUCAAUCUGUUUUCGUAUAUACAUCCUUACUAAUAUUAUAAAUGUGAUAGCGAUUUUGUUUGUUUAUCAUCUCAAGGUGUCGAUUAACGAUCAUAAAAUUUUAUAUAUAUAUAUAUAGUAUUUGGGAUGAAAAACGACAUAGAUUUAUAUUUAUUCUAAUAACAUAUUCCAGUUAAAUACGAUACAAAAGCAUUUUUAAAUAAUGCAUUUUUUUAUAUUAUUUAUACGUAAUCUGGGUGAAAUGUUAAUUAUUUAUUUAAAUUUUAAUGCACAGUGAAACUAUGUACAUAUGUGCGGACUUAACACUAGACGGUGUUCUCUGUCUCUGUAGUAUUAUUGUUUUAAUCUAAUGACUUAAUAUUUCAUUUAUUUAUAUUUCCAUAUAAAAUUAAUGCAGCUUUCUUCAUAUAUCUACCUACGAACAUAUUAGAAAAGAAAUACAAAAGGAAAAAUAAAAAUAUUGUCUAUGGUAAAUUUUUAGUUUAAUUCGUACAAUCGGUAUCGUUUUUAGUGCGUAACUAAAUAAAUAAAAAGGGAACAGAAAAUAAAAAAAUAAUAAAUAAAUAAAAGGUUCCGUAACAUAUUUAAUGUCGCCUGCCUUUAUCAUUUAUGAAUACAAUGUCAUUGAAAUGUCAAUGUGAAUGAACUGGGAUUAAUACGAAAACAAUGUUGAUUGUUAUUGGAUGUAUUUAUCUGAAUAUUAUAUAACUGUGACAUCACAAAUGACUGUAAAUUUAAAUAAAAUUUAUAUAAUACAAAAAUGAAAAAAAGGGUAAAGAGGUUUCUUCAGGGUUAGCAACGCGCGCGUAAUACUCCUGAUAAAGCAAGUGUUCAUAGGCUACGGUAACCGCUUACCAUCAGGUGGGCCGUAUGCUUGUUUGCCAUCUCUAUAAUAUAAAAAAAAAUCAAGCGUGCGGUAUUUUCUACUUUUUAUUAUAUUAUUGAUAGUGCAUCCCUUUUAAAAGAAAUUAUUUUUAAAAAGAUUUUUUGUUCAUUAUUAAAUCAAUAUUUGGAAGUAUUCUAAAUUUAACAUUUACAGCAUUAGUAAUUACUGAAAAAUACACUGAAUCAUAAAAACGUAGUCGCAGAUUUCUUUUUGCAAUUUCAUUAUUACGGAACCCUAAAAAUGGGCACGCAACGGGAAUUAUAGCAUUUAUUUAAAUAUAAACGUUCUCAUAGAUAACAUCGCAGCUACUAGUAUAAGUACAAGGUAGAAUGUGUAUCAAUAUAUAAUUUUAGUUGAGGUAUCUUCUCUCUGAUGUAUAAUGAUUAUUAUAUAUAGUAUCGGUAUUAUUUUGUAUUAUCCUUAUUUAUAUUAUUGGAGAGUGUGUCUUCUAGUGACGGUUAUAUAUUUUUCAAUAUCAUUAGUGCCUGAGGACUAAUUCGAACGAACCGGUCGAUUACAAUAUCUAUGAUAAAACUACAUUAAAUAUUUUUUGUAUGGUUUCAAACAUUGUCUUAAUAAAAUAACAACAGAUCAUUACUAAUAUUUUGUUUCUUCUAAUCAAAUAAAAUUUAAUAAGAUGUAGUAUAAAAAUAUUUAUAUUUUAUUACACAUGGCUGUGCUCAGUGAACAUUUAUAUCAGUUUACGGGCACAUUGUCGUGAACAUAACGCCAAUAUAUUUACAAUGAAGGCAUUUGCUUUCUUAAAAAAGAAAAGAUCAUUGUCCUACCGUGUUUAUAAAUAGUUUAUUUGCUUGAUACUUAACAACAAACAUAUUUAUUCAUAGACACAGUAUAGUCUACGGUCUAAAUAACUCAAAAUAGCCGCUAGGCAAGCACUCCAACUCUUUUUUAUUUGUUAAAUAAGUCACUUCCUUUCUUAAGUAAUUGUGAAAGAUGAUAAUAAAAAGUAUUAAAGCAAAUUACAAUGUUGAUUUGCAAUUUUGUAUAAAAACUAAAUGCAUUUUAAGAAUUUUAUAUUUAACUUUCUUCAAGCGCCAAUUAAUACUGUGUCCCAUAUGUCAUCAUAUUUAUAUCUCGAGACGAAUUGUCUAAAGAUAUCGCGCUAUUUCCGGAGUCGUAUAUUGUAGCGAGACGCGUCGAUGCUCUGACCUAUGGCGGCAUGCUUUAUUGGAUAAUAUUGCAAUAUGUCAAUCUGUCACUGUAUAUCAUAUUAACAUGAACACUGCGACUUAAAAUAGGAUCGAUUUAAAAAUGGGGUGAAAUAAAAAAGAUGACAAAUUUAUCAGAAAAUUUGUUAUUGUGAAUGAAAGGGAUCUUUAAAUAUACAAUUGAAUAUAUAAAGAAAUUGUGUUGAUCGAAAACAAGCAGGCAAAUUACAUACGAGUACAAUGAACGCAUUCUUAUCAUUAUUAAUUAAUUUUAUUUACUCUUAUAUAUAUAAAUAGGUGUAUAAAUAUUGCAUAAUAUUUAUGUUACGCUCAUUCUUCGCAUUUACAUUAUUAUCUGUUUCUCCUUUUUUAUUAAUAAACAAUUUGUGUCUGAUACGUAUAUCAGACAAUUGUUAUUUGUUACUAUGUAUAUAGAUAUAGUUUCUAAUAUCUUUUUAUAUUAAAACAUGAUAUUUUUGAUACACCGCAAUUGAUCUCACCUUUAGAAAUGAAAUACGCUUAUGACAAGCAUACAUUUACUUCGUAUACGUAAUAUUAGAAACAUUAUAUUUGAAUCGAGGACGUUCAAUGUUCAAUAAGCUUCCUUUAUAAUUGUGAGGCGUCUUCCUGAAUAGGUUCCCUCAAUUGCUAUUUUAUUGAUUUAUUUACAGAUUGUAAACAACCAUGGUGGUAUAAUGGUUAUUCACACACCGCCUCAUCUUCCGAUGGUCGCGGGGUUCGAUCCACGCACGUAUCAAACAUUUGUUUUAAAGAAUAUGUUUGUUUUUAUUUAUCUGAAUGAUAUUGGUUUGGGACUAUAUGUCGCUGUGAACUAUGCCCAGUGGUUUUUAUUUAUUUAAUCCUGAUAUACAUUGAAAUGCCAGUCUACCAACUAUAAAUUAGGUACACACGUGUUGAAUCUCUUGCGGUAUCUCAAUAAUAUUGCUAAAAAAUAGAACCAUACUGCAAAAUUUCAAUUAUAAAGCUGAAUAUAAAAAAAAUAGAUAAUUGUUAUUUGCUCUUAGUUAAAAAAAAAUCUUGUCUUUUGCAAUGUGAAACAAUUUCCCGAACGGAGCACUUACAGUAAUGAAAUGUAAUGAACAGCUAGUCUCGAUGGGCACUACACAUUAAAUAAAUGUUGUACGAACGUGUUCGAGUGAAAUCGGCGUAGUGCCUACACUUGACAAUAAAUUAGUUUCCAUAUACUAGCAGAAAACAUUUAUAUUCUUACAAAAGUUAACGCUAAUAUUAUCACAGUAAAAUUGUCUUUAUAUAUAUACAUAUAGAUAACACAAUCGGUCUAUUGUCCACGCCAUGGAGGACACAACAGCACGUCCGGUGGCCCGGGACAAUUUGUGUUACGUAGACUAUGUUUCCUACGUGUAUAGAAAUAAAAAUAUACUUCCUGUCACCAAUUAUGACUAUAAUAAGGUCACCUUCUUAUUUUAUAUUAGUUUUUGUCAGCAAUUUUGUACGCGUGCAUUUUGACUGGAGAAGAAUGAAGCAAUGUACGUCACGUUCAAAUUGUAUAUUUGAACUGACUGAGAAGAAGGGAAAUAUAUAUAAAAAAGAAAAGAACAAUAUAAAAAUACAAGCAGAGUUGCCAGUGACAUUAGGUAGACACUCCUAGAUGGCGUAUCGUGAUAAAAUAUACCCCAAAUUUUAAGUUAAGGUUUCAGAAAUACAACUGAAAACUAUGUUCAAAUUGGUGCUGUAGUUUUGCGUCAUUCUGGAACAGUCUGUCGUCUGACUAUUGCUCUUAUCAACACCCCUCAUAUAGUUUUUUUUCUUAAAUAUCUUUUAUGUAAAAUUAUCGUUUAGUUACCAUUAUAUUAUAUUCAAUACUUAUAUAUAAUACGUAGCUAUUGAGAAUCUAUAUUUCGCUCGUUCUAAAAUAAUAACUUUUAUAGAAAUAGAAAAGUUACCGCUCACCUAGACGCUCAGCUUAAUAUCAGAAAACCUAGUCGUAUUGGAUUAAAUGUUUUCUAAAGAAAAAGAGCCUUAUGACGAUAUUAAUAGAGUACUAUAUCCAUGAACAAUACAUUGCCGUAUUCAAGUAAAUUACGUCAUAGAUAUCAAAACUUGUAAAUUAAAUUAAAAUUUCAUUUUUCUUGUUGCCAUCGUACAUAUUUAUUGAUACUAGGUUCGUAUCGGAAAAAGUGAUGUAUCCUUUCUUGGACUGGGUCUUAAUAUAUUAGAUUUUAGUUACCAAUACUGGUAUUAUACUUUUGAAUUUUUUUUUUAAUCAAAAUAUAUAUUAUACUCAAUAACAUAACUGCUUUAAGUAUAAAAAUCUCAAAGAUGUACGUAAUAUUAAUGUUGUUUUACAUUGGUUGUACCUAAUUAUUUGAAGUUAUUUGAUGUACAUGCGUGCGCAGUCAACUUCAAUAGCUUCAAUACACAUUCACAAACAGAUAUUAAAAUGUUCCACAACUUUUGUUAUUCACAAUAUUCUCUUAGAGCCACGAAAUUGGUUAACAAAAUGUCGCCUCAAAUUAAAUUGAACAAAUUCUUGUGUACAAGCUAAUUAAAACCAUGUGAACUUUAUCAAUAUAUUUCAGAGGUUGACUGUACAGUUACUUUUGAUGGUAUUCAGCAUGUUUUUACUUGUUUAUCAUAAUAAUUUUAAUUAGAUUUAAGUGAUAAUAUCGACGAUAUGUAUGUGUAUAUUUUUCUGUGCGUAAGGUAAUGCUAAGCCCUGUGAUAUAAUAAAUAUUGCACCCAAGAUUCAGUUCCGACGAUAAUAACAAAAAUAUCACUAAAUAUUUCUCGCUUAAGCUGUAAAUAUAUGAUAGCAAAAGUGAAUCUAAAUCUAAUGACGGGUGCAUAAGCCAUAAAAUAAGUUAGCCAUAGCCGCGCCAAGUUCUGUGGUGGCAUGAUAAUAAACUAGAACGUCUAGAUGUAUGUACUGAGUUAAUAUCAUGUAUUUAUUGUAUGUAUUGUACCUAUAGGAUACCACACUGGUGCAGUUCGCGGUGUCUAGUACCAAAAUUUAGUGUUUAGUUCUUUAAGUUCCCGACUGAACCAAAACAUAGUACGUUAUAUUGUGUUACUAUCACUGAGUAAUAAAACAAGCGAAACUAAA